AACAUCAAACAACAACAACAAAUGCCGAUUAAAGAUUCUUAACACUACGCGUAUACGCAUUCUGUUCGGGUCUUUGUUCCAGCAAAAAAUGAUUUUCCUGCAUCAGCCAUGAAACUAAUCCAGAUCUGCAAGCAUCAUUCCACGGCAUUACUUCUAGUCACUUCUUUGCUUCUUUUUACCGUUUACGAAUUAUCGGUGGUGCGGUACAAUAAUUUGAUUAACACCAUUUUUCCUAAAGAAAAAAAUUUAUUGGCGUCCUUACUAGCCAAAAGCGAUGCAAAUCCGACAGAACCAGCGCCGGUGAUUUUAUUCUGGACGGAAUAUUUCAGUGAAAUUCACCAAUUCCAGUCAUUAUCGCAAGGCGCUGCGAGCGUUGGAAGCCUGUCCGAUGUCCGCUGCGAACUGACAUCCGAACGGAAUCGGCUGAAUUCCAGCGCAGCGGUUCUGAUUCACAUACGGGAUCUCAAUAACGAAGAAGGCGGAGCGAACUAUGAGUUUCCUUCUUUCCGUUCACCGGAGCAGUAUUAUGUGUUUUAUCUGCUGGAAUCGCCGAUGCAUACGCAGUACGAUCUCACAGUGUUCGAUGAUGGGUAUUUCAACCUGACCUUCACUUAUCGGAUGGAUUCCGAUAUUUUUGAUCCAUAUUAUUUUAUUGAUUAUCACCCGGUGUUGUGGCGGAGUGAGGAGGAUUUCCUCCAGGUUUGGCGGAAGAAAUCGCAGGACAUUGCGUAUUACGAGUCGUACUGCAAUGCGCCCAGCGGGCGGCGCUCAGUUGUUAACAUGCUGGCGCGAUAUGUGCGUGUAGAUAUUUAUGGUGAAUGUGGAUUUUUGAAGUGUCCGAAGAAUGAAGAGGAAAAAUGCAAUGCGAUGUUAUCGACUUAUAAAUUUUACUUGGCCUUCGAAAACAGUAUCUGCAAAGACUACGUCACCGAGAAAAUCCACCGAGCCCUCAACCACGGUACCAUCCCGGUGGUGUUUGGUGGCGCUACAUACAGUGAAAUAUUCCCGCCAAAUUCUUUCAUCAACGCACUGGACUUCCCCUCGAUCGCCGCUCUCGCCGACUACUUACAUCAAGUCGCCACUGACCAGAAGUUAUAUGCAUCAUAUUUACAGUGGCGCUACGAUCCACAAUGGCUACGGCUGCAUGACCGCUUCUACCCGGCCCGCUCCGGCUGGUGUGCACUGUGCCGGCGGAUGCAGAAAAAACACCGGACGCGGAAGAUCAUGUACAAUCUCAGCGUGUGGUGGGAGAAGGAUGCCCGGUGUCUGAGUGUCGAUGCUGAUUACUGGGACGGAGGCGGCCCGGAGCCGCUGCAGACGGAUGGCCAAUUAAACGCGCCAGUUUUUUAAUGACUAAUACUGUAUCUGUGAUUUUACAUUGCAUCGUUAAACUGCGAUACCGGUAUUAGGUUUUCUUUCAUUUUGUGUUAAUUUUGAUCAUGACGUGUUUUUUUUAUUACUCAGUUUAUGCAGUACCGGCAAAAAAUUAACAUUUUCGCUUUGCGGAAUAAUUUCACUUUUGGAGUGGCAAAAAAAUGGUACGGCUAAUUGAUAAUAAACUAAUUAAUUAGGAUUUUUUUAAUUUUGUAUAAAUACAAGUUUUCGAAGUACGUCGUUGUUUUGCACCAAAAUGACGCAAUUUCAGCAAUAAUUCCAUUAAGAAGGUCAGUCAUGAUACCUUUCCCAUGCACUUGUAAGUUCAUGUGCUCGUUAUCGCUUUAGCGACCGUCACGUUUUUCGGCUUAAAAAUGUGGAAAUCGUGCAAUUUUUCCGCUGUGCAAGCAGAAUUGAAAACAUAAGGUUUAUUAUUUCUGGCAGUUUUGGAAGCGGUAAGUGUGGUGGAAUCAUUUCAUUUUAGGACAUAACACUGCAGAAAAUAACGUUAUACAGUGUAGAAAGUUGCGGAUUUGCAUUGGACUUCGGUUCCGGAUUGAUCGAUUUGGCAAACGGACAGCGCCAUGAAGGUCAUAAUAAUUUCAGUUUUCGUAUGUAUCUUUGUAUCUCGAAGUGUACUGUCCGCUCCUGCUGCGCCAUCGAUUGCCAAUCCACCACAUCCAGCUGAAGCCCCAAUUUCAGAGUCAACACUGACGAGAGCGGGAAUAAACACAAGAACACUCUCAGCUUCUCAAGUCAGUAUGCUCAUCAAAAUUCUGCAAGCUUUACAGAAGCCGACCACCACGACCGCGGCGCCGACGGAACCACCGGCUGAUGGUGGGAGCGAUAAUCCACCGCCACCGCCCGGUGCCACGACAGUCAAUCCUUUGGUGGCAAUUUUUCAGCUAUUGUUGGGCAAAGGCACCGGUAGUAGCACGACUGGUGGUGGCGCGGGAGCCCCUUCUUAACGAGGAUACGGACUUGCAGACUACCCAACAUAAAUCUGGACGAUCGACCAUAUAAUAUCGGCUAUAUGUAAUAAUCAAUUAGUAACCUUUUCCAGUGCUUACUACGGUUUAACUGGUUAAUCGUUGCUACAACUGUAGCCGCUACUAACGUUGGUAUAUAGUGAUGGCUAAUUUAGGCUAUAAUUAUGUGUAUGUAUCUGCACAACUAAUUUUUCGUUAUGCCACCGACAGAAUGUCCGGUCAGUCGAGUGUUUUUUGGUUUCUUAUUCAUGUGUGCUUGUACGCAUACACCGUAGAAUUGGCAUAAACUGAUUCAUCAAUGUACGUGCUUAAAUUAAAGCCUAAAAUUUA